ACCUUCGUCAGUGAACGAUACCCCUGAAGCGUUGCCUUUUUAACUUGCAUUUUCCCCGUGCCGUCGUUUGAACUUGGUCUAUAGGAACUAGACCAACUGAAUCAAUUUCUCACACUUUUCUUUACAGGCUAAACAUAUACCUACUGGUUACUGAACUUCCUGGCUUGGGACUAAUUAACUAACCAAAAUAUUUGCUAUGAUCCACUUUCAUUUUUAAUAUUUUAACUGUCUCGUAGUGGUCGUCCGUUUUAAAUGUCACUUGAUAAAGAACUUUUACCGUAAAUUUGUUGGGUGCUGUAACUAUUUUAUUCUCCAACCUUUCAAAGCAACUUUAAAAGCGAAAUUUAAUCUCCAUACGCCUACAAACCGCAUCACUAUGGAGCGUCUUACAUUAUUUCAUCUACGACGGGCCGACAGAACUAACGGACCUGAAACUAGGACUAUUAUAGAUCAAAUGGAAACAGAAAGCCUUGUUAGUAAAGCGUACUACGAGAAACUUUGUCAAUGGAAAGAUGAUGCACUUCGGUUGUUCAAAAUAAACCACAUAAAUUAUCUCAACAAGCGACUUUUCAAUCUGCCUAUGAGUUUUGAACAUUUAGAUGCAAGCCAACCGUGGUUGGCGUAUUGGAUUGUACAUGCUUUAAGACUGCUGAACUUUGUAAUCCCUGAAGAGACCUCGGUAAAAUUGAUAUCGUUUUUAGCAUCCUCUCAGCAUCCGGACGGUGGUUUUGGUGGCGGGCCUUACCAAUUUGCACAUCUUGCAACUUCAUAUGGUGCAGUUAAUUGUUUGGCUUCUUUAUGUCGUCGAGAUGCCCUAGAUAUUAUCAAUCGGGAUACACUGGCUGACUGGAUGCGGAAACUUCAUCAGCCAGACGGCUCAUUUUUAAUGCAUUUGGGAGGUGAAGCUGAUGUUCGAGGUGCCUACUGUGCCACAGCAGUUGCAAAACUUACUGGGUUGCUUAGAAAACAUCCUGAUUUGUUUGAAUCGACUGCAGAGUGGGUGGCUAGUUGUCAGACGUAUGAAGGUGGUUUCGGCGGUCAACCUGGAUUGGAGGCUCAUGGUGGUUAUGCCUUCUGUGCGGUAGCAACGCUGUGCCUUUUGGGAAGGUCAGAUUUAAUUAAUUUACCUAGACUAUUGUAUUGGGUCAGCCAUCGUCAAAUGGCGACAGAAGGUGGUUUUCAGGGUAGAACAAAUAAGUUAGUGGACAGUUGCUACUCUUUUUGGCAAGGUGCUAUUUUCCCAAUUGUCGAAGAACUGUUAUGGCUGUCUGGCGACCCUGCGCUUAAUGACAUUGAUACGUUGUUUAACCCUUCUGCCUUGCAAGAAUAUAUACUGCUCUGCUGCCAAAAGGUUUCUUACACUCGCCCAGGUCUGAGUGUGCAUGCAGAUGAUUCUUCUGGUGAAAAAUUGUCGUCUUCAAAUAAAAAUUUCACGUCUGAAUACGAUGUAUCUACUUCUGAUGGUGGAUUAAUUGAUAAACCUGGAAAAAACCCUGAUGCGUAUCACACGUGUUACUCUUUAAGCGGAUUGAGCGUAGCACAACAUUCUCCUCGUUGCCGUGUUGAAUCACACCAAAAAUAUGAUCUUCCUCAUCCAUCACCUGCUGUCGAUGUAUUAGGUGAAGAAUUAGGUAAUGAACUGGUCGACUUAGACCCUAUCCAUAAUAUCAUGCAUGAUGGUUUAGCAUUUACUGUCACGUACUUUUCUGAGCUGGAUAAUGGUCAUUCACCAAAAGAUGCAGAGGAAUUAGCGUUGGCGGCAGCAGAAAAGUACUCUGUACCCGCAUUAUCAGUAUUCCAAAGACAGGAAAGUCCUACGGAGUUCCAUACUUAUGAUACCAGUGAUAAUGAAAUCACUGUUCCUCAGCAUUCUCAAUCAAUGAACACUUGUACAACACCGUAGAUAUUUUAUAAGAUUGUGACGUGUGGGCGAGAAUGAUUGGUUGUAGAUAGUCCGACAGGCGUUAGAUAAGUUAUAUAUUUUCUUAUCGUUAUUAUUAUUAUCGAUUGUUGCUGGAUUGUGUCGGCUUGUUGUCGGUUUUUGGUGUAAAUAUAUUUACGUUUCAGUCAGACUAA